AUGUCUGAGGAAGCACCGCAGGUACGUCUUUCCCAUACCAGCUCUUACCUGUUGCUGUGGCUCAGCCAGAUUGCCAAACCAAUCAACACAUGCAUCCAUUUCGGACUCUUGAAAGGCAACAAACAAGCUAACAAAGCACGACAGAUCAAGCAAGUCCCCUUUGCGGAGAUGUUCAAAGAUGACGAAGGAAAGGCCUUCCUCGCGGCCAUGGCGUCUCCCCUCGCCAUGAGGAUCAAGGAAGACCUAAAUACCAAGAAUAAUCCGUUGUUCAUGACCGGGACCUCUGAGCAGAUCAGACUGGCUCGAUUCAACAAGAACGGCGUGGAAUGGGAGCGGAAUGCCCGCCUGAAUGACGAGGGUAGUCUGGUUCUGAGCCCAGUCCCCGACCCGGUGGUGUUCCCUACCGGCGCAGCGUCCACCAGCGCAGCUUCAGCCAAGAAGACCCAGCCACCCAAGAAGGAUACCAAGAAGCCGACCAGUACCAAGGCAUCCAAGUGA